CCUAACCAUACUUUCAACUAGUUAUCCACUACAUUUAGUGCAGUUACGUGUCUAGAAUAUCUGGAAAACCUGAAAACAUAUUGUAACAUAUAAAGCGCGUCUAAAAAAGCAUUGGGUUUUUAUGCUUGUGCACUAAGAGGAUAUUGGACACUAGCAAAUGGCGGAGUCAUUAAGUUUGCAGAGAGAUAUUAAUAGAGUGUUGGAGUUAUUGGAAAUACUUCAGAGAUGCCCUGAAAUACAACCAUCAAAGUUGGCAGCCCUACAGCGCAUACUGCAGUCAGACUUUUGCGACAUGAUUCGUGAAGUUUAUGAGCAUAUAUAUACAACUGUUGAUAUUAAUGGGUCAGAAGAAGUGAAAGCAAGUGCAACAGCCAAAGCUACUGUCGCAGCUUUUGCUGCAAGUGAAGGACAUGCUCAUCCACGUGUCAUAGAACUACCAAAAACUAAUGAAGGUCUAGGUUUCAAUGUUAUGGGUGGUAAAGAACAAAAUUCACCUAUUUACAUAAGUCGAAUUAUUCCUGGUGGUGUUGCAGAUCGUCAUGGUGGUUUAAAACGUGGUGAUCAAUUACUAUCAGUAAAUGGGAUUUCUGUGGAGAGUGAACAUCAUGAAAGAGCUGUUGAACUUUUGAAAUUAGCACAAGGUACUGUGAAACUUGUAGUAAGAUAUACACCACGUAUUCUUGAAGAGAUGGAAGCACGUUUUGACAAGCAAAAAGCUAGACGUCGGCAACUUAGUUAAUACAAAUUUGGAGAUAUGUAUGCAUAACGCUGCGCUGUAUCGUUCACUAAAUUAUUUAGACGAACAGUACAGGUAGAACACAAUUAUAUAAACAAAGAAUAUUCCAUAGUGUCAUUCAAUAAGUAAAAGAGAAUUCGGCGAAAUCAUGUUAUUUAAGCUGUAUAAAGCGAUCACUUUCCAAAUGCAUUUGAGAACACUAUCUGGCUUGGCUUGUAAAUGGAGAAUGUAAAACAAUUACUGGUUCUAUACAGGAACAUUUAAUCAACUGUGGAUACAUCGCUCCAAAGGAUUCUUCUUUUAAAGUAAUCUACAGAGUCAAAGGAAUUGAAUCGAGGGGAUAGUUUAUGCACGGCUGAAACAUUAGCAAUCUACGAAUUCAAGCCCAAACGUUGCGCGUAGAAACGAUUCAUUCAACUUCUCAUCCUUCCUUGCCCCUAAUUUUCUUGAUGGGUAUGUUUCGGGUUCUUUUUUCCCAGCAUGUUUUUCUGCACAAUAUAUAAUAAACCCCGAUGGAGAGCGAAUUCGCAGUUUUCCUCUAGUCACGACUGUUAAGGUAGGCCAUAUUAGUGGAUGCAGAUUGCC